GAAUGUCACUUUGAACGAUUGAAAAGUGACCAUAGAAAAUUCAAGAAUUUUCACGAACCUUUUAAAAAACCAAUCUGUCAAGUGUGAAUUGUUAUUGUUUUGUACUCGCUUAUUUUUAUUGAGCUGUGUGUACGAUCAAAAAGGCAAAUUGUCGAACUUUAUUGCGAAUUGUCUGAAGUGCUCAAGCUUUUACUGAAUUCAUUUCUUCAAAAUGGAUAUCUAUGGGUACCAGGCUUAUCAGUACAAUCAGUCUGAUGAACUUGCGAAUCAGAUGUUAUCUCAACAACCCCUGUCGUCGUCCGUACCUUUUGGUCGGCCUGCUUCGGAGCCCCACUACAUGCCAGCACCUUCAGGAUCACCCUGGAAUGUUCAGAGCAUUCCUUGGGGAUUAACAUCGCCUCCGCAGCUAGUUCAAUUUACCGGCCAAAAUCAGGGCUUGCUACCAAAAAUAUCAACCGUAUCUCAUUGCAAGAGAAAAAGUCUUGAUGUUGAACCACCGAUACCUGCAAAACAAUUGAUAACUGAAGAAAAAAUGGCCGCACAUCUGAACGGACUCCAUAUAUCAACAGAGUAUACAUCACACUCUCUAGCCUCCGAAGAUAUGAUGGAUGUAGGUAUGGACAGCCCUGUACCUUCAACCUCCACUGCCAACAUACCUAUGAGCGAGAGAUUAAAAGGACACACAAUAGUUUUAUCUGAUGAAGUCAAGAAAAUUAAGACUGAGCCCAUAAUACCGGCUUCACUUAUGGAAAGAUUAGAAAAACCCAGUAUGUCCCUAGUAGUUUGGAAACCAAAGGAAAACAUAAUACUUGAAAAAAUCAAAGAGGAGGAAAAGCGGAAACCUGGAGAAUCGAAACCGAGAAAGGGUGUCCUUUUGACUCAAGAUGAAAAUGUUCCAAUCGACGAUGUGGAGAUGUGAUUGUGUGACUGGACUGAACUUUAUGAUCUUAGUUUAUUGUAGUCAUUUUAAUCAUUUUAGCAUUGAUGUGUUUUUAUUAUUGGUAUUUUAGAAAAUCCUUAAAAGAACCAGCCCCCUUAUCAUACCAAAUUCUUUGAACUACUGGAAAAAUAAUAGAUUAUUCAUUAUCUUGCAAAAAACAUUGUAUUGCUCAUCUUGGUGAGGAAGUGAAUUCUAAACAGAGUUUUCCAUUGUAGAAUUUAAAUAAGUCGAACGCUCACUCUAACAAGGAAUCUAUAUUGUUAAAAAAAUCCUAUAUAUAAAAGAACAACAACAUUAAAAUGCACACAAGUGCCGAAAUAAUUACGUCGAUUCGUAUUUAGAAACAGACUUUUUUUUUUUUUUUCCUACCUAAGCUGAGAGCCUUGAGAGGCUAUUUCAGCGUAACCCUAACUUUUGUAGGUGAGCUCACGGGGCUCAAACCUGAUGACGUUGCUAACACGAACCCUAGCAAGAGCCGUGCUUCGCAGAAUCUACCACCGGAUCGGAAACGCGACCCACUGAGAAGAUCCGGCGAGAAACUCAGUGGGCUGUGUCUGAGAGUUAAUUUACUCGUCGAGCCCUUCGUCGCAAGCGACGGGUUCGACGAGAACGGUGACCGGUGCUUGAAGUACCUAGAAGCACCGUUAGUGGAUCGGGAGGAUCCGAGAUGACGUGUUUUGGGCGACGUCGACUGCUUUCCAUUCUGUCCGCAGGAUCGGGAAUGUAGUUACCGGCGGCCACGAUGAGAGAGAGGGUUCUCGUGUCGUGCCGCUUUAUCGAAGUGGACAGUGAAAUAGACUUAAGACUUUGUGUAUCAUUACCAUAUAAGCAAUAUAUUAGCUAAAUAGAUUUAAAGAAUCUUAUUGUGGUGUGUUAACUAGACUUUUUUUAAAGUUGUACGUCAUAUUAUAUUGUUAGAGAAUUAAGUAAUUUGUUAAUUAAUUGAUAUUGCUGCGAACUAAUGCUGUCAUGGCACAUAAGAAUUCAUGGCAUCAAGCACAUUCCUCGUGCGAGAGAUUCGAAAUUGUCAAAUGUCAAAAAUAUGAACACUGUCAUCAUAUUCUUGAUAAAAACUUAGUAAUUCACCAAUUUUUUUCUGAUAAAAGUAAAAAUACCAAUUUACAUGAUGAAUUUAUAAUGAUCAUCUUAUAAUUGCUGCCACACUAAUAACUCUUGGAUUACGUUGAUAAUUUCGAUUCAAAAUAAUCUUCCGGUGUCACCAAUAAAUAUUUUACAUUAUUUUUACCCUAUUUUCGACUUGUGUUAUUGCAUGUUUAUUUAGGAUCAAUAUUACUAAACAAUUUGUGAACUAAUGGGCAGUUUUAAAUAAAUUUAAGAAAUUUUAAGUCAUAUAUCAAACAUGAUUACGUAAACUAAGUUAGUGUCAGUAGCUGCUUCCGGAUUGCCAAUCUAAAAUUAUUCAAUUACACAGUGGCAACAUUGAGCUUUGUUUUUAAACAUGAUGAAGGUAUAGAAAAGAGUUUUGUGUAGGACAGUAAACUACAAGUGAUCCAGUCAGUGUUUGGUAAAAGGCUUAUUACACUUGGCUAAAUUUAGUCGACUGAAUUCAGAAGCAAAUUUAGAAGCUUCUGAUUACACUGUUCUAAAUUCAGUUACUGAAUCAAAGGUCAGUUUAAACGCGACAAAGUUGGACGUGUCUUGUGUGUAAGAGGAUGGCCCCAGUAGUGUCUAGACAACAAAAAAUUGGUCUUGGCGCAGUCCUCGCUGUCUACUCAAUUGAAAUAAAAAAAAAAAGUAGAAUAUGGGUGAAGAAAUAUUUAUUGCUGCGCCCAAAGUUAGCAAAUAUGAACAUUAUGAGUGAUUUAGAUCCAGCAGAGUCCAGAAAUUAUCUAUCUGGAUUCGAGAUCGUUUAAUCUAAUAUUAAACCUUGUGACACGGUUUAUUCAAAAGCAGUAUACCAUCCUCUAAUCCUACGAUACUAUAAGUCCAAAAGAAAGAUUGGUUGUAACAUUAAGUAACAGGAAAUUCGUAUCGAAGAUUUAAAAUUUAGUUCUUUAUUAUUAUUACACAAAAAUUAUCCCUGAAACAUGUCGGGUUAUUUAUAAAUAUCUGGUACAUUAAAUUAAGGUGACUGAAAUAAAUACCUACUUUUUAUUCGGAAGUAAAAAACAAACUAAACCGUCCUUACGCACAGAGAGCUAUGGGACGACUGAAAUCAUUAAGUAACUAAAUGCGAUUACACCUUCCUAAAUGCGUUUCUAAUUAGGCUUCUAAUGAUUUAGUCAGUUAGAAAACAUCCUUGCUACUGAAUUUAGUAGGCUAACUUACUGAAUGCUAUUACACUUCAUUGAAUUCAGUCGACUAAAUUUAGCCAAGUGUAAUAAGCCUUUAAUAUUUACAAGUAAUAGUAGAAAAGUGCAUUACAUAGUUCUAACUGCCAAACGUAAAUACAUAUUUCACAGCGCUAUUAAUAAAAUCAAACUAUAAUUUUUAAAAUAGCAAUGUUUAUUUUUAUUAUAAUGCCAAUCAUAGUAAGUUUCAAAUAAGAUUUGGAGAUUGACAGUGUUUUUACAUGGAAAACAUAGGUACUUUGUGAUUAUUUCAUAAUAAUUUGUUUUAGCUUUUCCAUUUUGGAAUCAAACUACAGAUUCGUAUUCAAAUAUUAUUACUUUUGACCUGUUAGGAUAAAAGCAUAACAUAAUAUGAACCUCAUAAAUUUAUACUUUUAAUAAAUAUAAUUGGUUUUAAUUCCUAAAAAGGUUUAUUUGUAAGCUAUAUUUAAUUACAGGAUUACUUUAAAAAAGAACUUUUUUCAUUUGCAGUGCUAAGAUUAUGUGCGUCUUCGUAGAAAAAAAAAUUAGAUUAAAUAAUAAAUGAUAAGUGUAAAUAUCAUUAAUAAUGGAGAGUGAAAUGAAAAAUUUAUGGCAGUGAUGCAACAUGCGAAAGAUAGAUUUGUAAUGUUUGGAUUUGUAUUGCAAUUAAUAAACAUAUUGAUAUAAAA